AUGAAGAUCCCCUCCUCCUCCUCCUCCUCCUCCUCCUCCUCCUCUCUCGCUCUCAGUAGAAAAUUGCAAGAUACAGUGAGAGAUCGAUGUCGAUCGGGGAACCUCGACAUCAAAGAGGCUUUGAAUCUCUUCCAUCAAAUGUUGGAGGCCGACCCCAAGCCGCCCAUUUAUUCCUUCAACCUCCUCUUCAUUUCAAUAAAGCGAAUGAAGCGGCACUUGCAUGUACCCAUCUCUCUCUUCGACACCAUGCGUCGGGUCGCCAGCAUCUCUCCCGACACCUUCACCUACGGCAUCCUGAUCGACGUCUGCUCUCGCAUGAACCGUGUUGAUCUCAGCUUCAGCGUCUUCGGAUCAAUUCUGAAGCGUGGGCGGAGCGUCAAUGUCCCGUUCUUUAACAUACUUAUCAAUGGCCUCUGCGAAGCGAGGAGGGUUGAUGACGCAGUCAAACUGUUCGAUGAAAUGCCUCAGUGGGGCUGUGAACCCGGUACCGUCACGUACAGCACCCUGAUCAAGGGUUUGUGUGACACGGGGAAUAUGAGCUCGGCACUUGACUUGCUCCACAAAAUGAGGAAAGCGGCGCCAGGAGGCGCAUGCAAGCCCAACCUUAUUACGUAUACCACUGUAAUACGAGGCCUUUGCAAGAAAGGAGAUGUGGACCGAACUCGCGAUUUGCUUCAGCAAAUGACUGAUGAUGGGAUUUCACCGACUGCGGUGACAUACAAUUGCAUUAUUCACGGUCUCUGUGCGAAGAAGAGGGUGCGCGAAGCAGCUCAGUUGCUCGAGAAAAUGCCUGAGCUGGGAUGCAUGCCCGACGUUUACUCUUUCAGCACUCUUAUUCAUGGGUUGUGCGUUGCUGGGAAUACAAAGAUGGCACUUGAGUUGCAUCAAAAGAUGAAAAGGUUUGGUUGUCAGCCAGAUAUAGUCGCCUACAACACAAUCAUAGAUACCCUUUGCAAGCAUGGCGAAAUGGGUAGAGCUCGCGAGUUACUCCAAGAAAUGGUUGGUGCGGGCAUUGUACCGGAUGUUAUCACAUAUACUACCGUUAUCCACGGCUAUUGUCUUCUUGAUAAUUGGAAGGAAGCCAUCAGAGUCUUUCAAGAGAUGCUUCAUCAUGAUAUUUCACCAGAUGUUGCGACAGUCAACUUACUGAUGAAUUAUAUAUACAAACACGGGAUGACUGAUGAAUUACGUAAACAACAACCUAACAUAAUCUCGUCCCAUGCUGUAUUGGAUGGAUAUUGCCAAGAAGGUCGAUUUGAAGAGUCAUUGAUGGCCGUUAGUUCCAUGCUUGCUCGGGGUUUGAAGCUUAAUCCUCAUAGUUACAACACUUUGAUCAGAUUAAGGGUCUGUGUGGUUCUGGGAACGCAAGCCUGGCACUUGAGUUGCUCCACAGAACGAAGGAUGUGCCAAAAGCCUGACCUCUUUUCGUAUACCACCACAAUGCAUGGUCUUUGCAGGAAAGGAGAUGUAGGCCGAACUCCCAAGUGGCUUCAACAGAUGGCUGAUGAUGGCAUCACGCCUUCUGUUGUUACCUACGAUUGCAUUAUUCGUGGUCUAUGUCUGAAGAAGAGGGUAGUCGAAGCAGCUCAGUUGCUCCACAAAUUGCCUGAGUUAGGAUGCAAACCCGUUGUAUACUCCUUCAACACUCUUCUUCGUGGUUUCUGCAUUGUUGGCGAUACCAAGUUGGAACUUUGAGUUGUACAAGAAGAUGAAGGGGUUUGGAUGUGAGCCAGAUGUGUUGUCACCUACAACACAAUCAUAGAUGCCCCCUGCAAACAGGGAGAGAUGGACAUAGCUCCUGACUUGUUCCAAGUAAUGAUUGAUGCCCCCUGCAAUCAUAGAUGCCCCCUGCAAUCAGGGAGAGCGGCAGCGAGCGGAGAACAGUGGUGAGCGGCGAGUGGAGAGCGGC